GUCAAGAAGCAGGUGUCUAGAUGUACUGAUGCCGGAAAUUAAAAAUUUAUUUAAACAAUGUUUUUAGUUUCAGCCAUUUAGUGACUGCUAAUCACAUAUACGAGAUAUCAUAGAUAAUAGUUAAGAUUAUUUUGUUGUAUUUAAAUGCGUGAUUCAUAAAUUAUUUAUUUGGUAUAAACUAGUAAAAACCGGAGUGUGGGUUGAUUAGUCACAUAUCAAGUCAGGUUAGUUGGUGCAUUUCAGAGGGUAAAAAAUGUAUUACCAAUGCAAUAUUUAAUUAGAAAACAAUCAUGUGGUUACUGUUAAACGCUGCCAGUACUAACGUAGGUAUUUAUUUUAAUAUGCUUCAACUCUGCACCUAGUUAUUUACAAAAAUAUUCACUGAAAUGUCAGCGUUUUGACAGAUGUGUAUAAAAUAUUUACAAAAUGUUUCGUGUGGGGCAGAGAUUUUUUUGUAGUAACCAACUAAGCAAUUAUUUUUCUUCUGAUUAUUUAUAUACGGAAGAAAAUGUGAAAAGAACUGCAUCAAAAUUCGCAAGUAUGAAAUGUAUUCGAUUUAAUAAGAAGGAGCCUGAAGCCAGAGCAGCUGUCUUAAUCCCACUUUGUGAAGUUGACGGGAAGGUGGCGCUACUAUAUACUUUAAGAGCGGCACAUUUGAAAAAUCAUAGAGGACAAGUGAGCUUUCCUGGUGGUAAGCAAGAUGAAGGUGACAAAAGUUUAGAGGCAACAGCUCUUAGAGAAACACAUGAAGAGUUAGGAAUACAUCCGGACGAUGUAGAAGUGUGGGGUAGUGGUAAUUUAAUAGUAACUAGAGGGGAGACUUGUGUUUUACCAGUGAUAGGAAGAGUAGUUAAACCUUUAUCAGACAGUUUAAAAGUGAAUCCUACGGAAGUUGAAGAAGUGUUUACGGUGACUUUAGAAGAUCUGUGCAAGCCAGAAUAUUUAGGUCAUACACAAUUCAGAAGACGUUCUUCCCUUCCUGUGUUUUUAGCAGGGAAACGGAGAGUUUGGGGACUGACUGCUCUAAUAACAAAUAUGUUCCUUACCGCACUGUUACCUAAUAAAGCCUAUUCCCAUAGAAUCAAAUAUAUAUCUACUGUUAAAUUAAUAGAACCCAAGUCUACCUGAAUUUUGUAAAAUGAUUUUAAACCAAAAACGAUGUAAAUUUUUAUUUAUACAUUUUAAACGCAAAGUGUACUUUGUUACUGUAAGAAGGUUAUUUAUUUAUCGACUGUUAUGUAAUUGUGAUAUGGGAAGGUUAUUACAAAAUUGCCAAAGUUGUCACCAAACACAAGAGCUUACUUUUGUUGAUUAACAAUGACAAAACUAUGUAUAUUUUGUAUUUCGAAAUGGAUUUACAAUAUACUUUACAGCAAACAAA